AUGGGGCCCCUGUGUUCUUGCCCAAACUCAAAAAAAGCCUAUGAAAAAGGUACCAGGGGGGCAUCUCAUGGGGCCCCCUACUGGCAGUGCCGGGGUUUCCAAAUGGGGAUCAUGGGGCCCCUGUGUCCUUGCCCAAACUCAAAAAAGCCUAUGAAAAAGGUACCAGGGGCAUGUCAUGGGGCCCCCUACUGACCCCAGGCCCUCGGGCAGUGGCCGAGUUUCACAAUGGUCAGUCUGCCCCUGCUCCCAACAGUCUCUCUUUGGGAAUGAAAUCACUCUG